ACUCCAGUUGUGCAUCAGCUGUCGUCAGGAACAGAAAAGCAUGCGGCGCUGUUAUCAGGUCACUCUUUUGUGAAAGGCAGCAGAGUGAGUCGGAUCUCUGUACAGGUGGGGGUUUAUCAAAAUGUCUAAAAGAGAAAAGAACUCAGGGAGAGCAGUGUUUUACAAGCCAAUUACAGACGCAGAACAGAUCAGAUGUGGAUACUUGUAUAAGUCUCCUCCCAAGACGGCGCUUAGGUUAGAGUGGAAAAGGCGUUACUUUGUGCUUUUCAAAACCACUGACCAAAACUACCAGCUCAGGUACUUCAGGAGCGCAGAGGAAAAGGGCCAAGCGCUCGGCGGCAUAGACCUGACACAAAUCUCACUGAUAUAUGGCAACCCUCAACAUCACCAGAAGUGGAUCUGGGUGCAGAGGACCUUUAAAUGCUCCCCCUCCUGUGUGCUCUACAUCAGGGCAGGAACCCGCGACUACUUCCUUGUUGGGGAGACCAGCACGGAGGUGGACGGAUGGUUCAAUGACCUGUGUAAGGCAAUGGAAUAUCGGCCUCAUAAAUAUCUCAGCAAAGAGGAAAUCAGUAAUGGGCAGCCAGCUGUUGAUAUAAUUACAAACCCUCUUCAGCGGAGAAAGUAUUCUGCUCCAGAGGUUAAGGCACCCUUCAUUGCAAAGGCGGAAGAAGUUAAAAACAACGGCUGCAAAGUCCCUUCGCAUGCAUUACUAAAGACGAGGUCCGUUUCUGACCCUUCGUCAAAUGAGGUGGAGGGCAACACUGAAAAGACUGUUUGCCAGGAGCAAGAAACGUCCAAAAGACCUGUGUCUGAGCCUUUACGUUUCGUCUAUUACGAAGACUAUGACUAUCCCCGGUCUUUCCUAAAGGCAGAGUCUGAGGGGAACGGUGUAACGCAGGCAUCCUGCACAGAGCCUAUGUAUGAAACAAUGACAAAAUUUAAAAUAACUCAUGACACACCAGAGGCAAACAAUCGUGAAGUUGAGCAGAUUUUCAACGGCACCCUGAUGAGGUCCAUCACUCAGGUCUUUGACAAAUUCAUGGCAAAGAGUCCGCCGCCUUUCCCAAUAUCAGAAGAGGCACCCUUUGAAGGCGGAGAAGACAAACGUCACUCCUCAGAUUUUAGCGGCAGCUCCAGCAGCGCUAACUCUCCUGUCGACUUCACGAAUGGACAGGAAAAGCAGGACGACUCCGAGAGCAGCACCCCGGAGGAGAGAAACUUUAUGGUGAUGCAGUCCGAUUUGAAAAAACACCUCACCCUCACAGACGUAGAGGGGAAGCCAAGUGUGUCCGGCUGGACUGGACAGCCACAGUCCGUGUGCCUCUUCCACAAGGGAGACCAAGUCCUGGCGAUAAACGACCUCCACACCAGCACCGUGGAGGAGGUUAACAUGUUUAUUAGCAGGUCGCUGAAGAACGAGGUGAAAGUGACCAUCCUGCGUCAGCGGGGACGCCAGCCUCUGCAUUUGCCGAACUCCCCCUGCAGCGACUGAGGCACAACUUGGUCGGUGACGAGGUCUUCACCAUGUGCUGCUCAAUGUGGACACCUGUAGUCUUCAAGGAGUCAUCUAAAUUGUUAAAUGUAAUCAUAUCAACACGUUUUAUGUGCCAUUUCUUUGGCGUAUUGCGUAGCCGCCUUCAGAGGGAAAGAACAGGUGAAUGUCAUAAUGAAAUAUACUUCCUCGUGCCAUCUCAAUGGUGCCUUGUUUAGUGGCAGUUUCUUCGUGAAAGCACCUGCUUCUGGGACAAAUAUUUGUGGUAAGCUAACAUUACAUAAGCUAUGCUUUCCUUUGAAAUAACUAGUGUCAUUAACAUGUUGACCCAAUAGACAGAAACAAUGUCUAUUGUGUGAAAAGUCCCAAAUAUUUCUCCUGGUUGUGGAUGCAUGCCAGAUUUGGCUUUGCAGUAAAGCCAUUAAUAGUUUCCUAAUUUUGAUUUCACAGCUUAAAGGGAAAGUCGGGGUAGAAAUCUGUGCCUUGGGACAAGACUGCAUUGCAUUGUGUGGUUCUCAUCCACACAGGGUUGACUGCUGUUUGCUCAGUAUGUCUCAGCCUGCGACAGGAUGUCUUUUUUGAGCCAUGACACACUGACUGAGAGCACGGAAAGAGAGGGGAAACCUGUUUGUAAGAAUUUAGCUGCAUAACGAGAAGAAGGGUUGACACACUUUGUCGUUUAAGUAUAACCUUUGUUUCUCAGAUACGCUCUUUUGACAGUGCUGUAUAUAAAUUGAAAAAAUAUAGAAAGAGACCAGUGUUACAUGUCUUCUUGCCUUCAGGAAAAGGUAAUAUGAAGACAGAAACGUGUCAUGCCUCACAGGUAUUCGCCAAUAGUCUCUCGGACAGGGACUUCGCCCAAGAUGUUGUUGAGUCAUGGGAACGCAGCAUUUUGCAUCGUCUAGUGAUAGAGCCACUAACUGUUCAUGUCCUGAAGCAGCAAAGUGGAUCGGGAUCAUCAAUCACCCUGGUACUACCCCCAUUUGACUGUCGGCCGUACGUUGUAUGAAAUGGUGUUAUUGUUAGGUCAGCUGUAAUGGGAAGCACAUCCUCCAAAAAGUUUCAGUUUGUCCCCUCAGUAUGCAGAUUAUUUUCCCAAAGGCCGCAGGGACCAUGAAGAUGUUUCUGGUUAAAUGUGGGCAGGGCCUCUGUGUUCCUUUUUUGGUCAGCAGUGAUUUAAGCCUUGGAACCCUCCAAUGGGUGCCCUUUUUUAUUCAGUCUCUUUCUUAUUGUUGAAUCAUGAACACUGACCUUAACUGUGGAAACUGAUGUCUGCAAUGUUUUAGAUUUUCCUGGAUAUUGUGACCUACUGGGAUAAUUAACAACGCAGGAGAGUUCACAACUGUUCCAUUCUCCAUUUGUAGAGGAUGUGACUUUUGGAGCCUACUUCAUGUUGUGAUAUAGGUUCUACUUAAAUGAUUUUAUUUUUAAACUACAGGUCUGGCAAUAAUCAGGUCUGGGUUUAGCCAGUGAAACUGAACUGAAAAGUGUGGUUAAUCAGAGUUAAUGCAUGGUUUAAUGAAUUUGGCGAUUAUAUUUCCCCUUUGAUUGCUUUGUAUUAUGCAUUAUAUAUCUUUGAUAACAUUUAAUGAUCUGAAACAUUAAAGUGUAACAAAAAACAAAAUGUUGGGAAAUAAAGAUGAUUAGACACCAA